GAGCAGGUAACUCGGCUGCUCCGUUGCGAUGGGCAACCGCGGGAUGGAGGAUCUGAUCCCGCUGGUCAACCGACUUCAAGAUGCCCUGAGCAGCGUGGACCAGAGCUGCAGCCUCCACCUGCCGCAGAUCGCCGUGGUGGGCAGCCAGAGCGCAGGGAAAAGCUCCGUCCUAGAAAACUUUGUGGGCAGAGACUUCCUUCCACGGGGCUCAGGAAUUGUCACUCGCACACCUUUAAUCCUCCAGCUGCUUAGUUCUAACACGGAGUACGGUGAAUUUCUCCAUUGCAAGGGCAAGAAGUUCACAAACUUUGAAGAAAUCCGCAAGGAGAUCGAGGCAGAGACAUGCAGACUCACAGGAUCUAAUAAGGGCAUCUCUUCUGUCCCCAUCAACCUACGGAUUCAUUCACCACAUGUGCUAAACCUGACUCUCGUGGACCUGCCUGGCAUCACCAAGGUGCCUGUGGGAGACCAGCCAGCAGACAUAGAGUACCAGAUACGAGACAUGAUCAUGCAGUUCAUCUGUGAGGAAAACUGUCUCAUCCUGGCUGUCACGCCAGCCAACACUGACCUGGCCAACUCUGAUGCACUCAAACUGGCCAAAGAUGUUGACCCUCAGGGCCGUCGCACAAUUGGUGUGAUCACUAAGCUGGACCUGAUGGAUGAAGGAACAGAUGCCCGGGAAAUACUAGAGAAUAGGUUACUUCCUCUGCGCAGAGGUUACAUAGGGGUGGUGAACCGCAGUCAGGAGGACAUUAAUGGGAAAAAGGAUAUUAAAGCUGCUCUGCUUGCAGAGAAGAAGUUCUUCCUGUCCCAUCCGGCCUAUAAACACAUGGCUGAAAGGAUGGGCACCCCAUAUUUACAGAGAAUACUCAACCAGCAACUGAAAAACCACAUCCGGGACACUUUGCCAGCCUUCCGUGGUCGUCUGCAGAGCCAGCUCCUGGCUUUGAACAAAGAGGCUGAAGAGUACAGACAAUACUGUCCUGAUAACCCUGCACACAGGACCAAGACACUACUACAGUUAGUUCAACGCUUGGCCGUCGACUUUGAGGAGCUAAUUAAGGGCUCGGGUGACAAAGUCGACACUGACGCUCUGUCAGGAGGUGCUAGGAUCAACCGAAUCUUCCACGAGCAUUUCCCCUAUGAACUGCUUAAGAUUGAGUCUGAUGAGCGGAAGAUGCGGCGGGACAUAAAGUAUGCCAUCAGAAACAUCCGCGGGGUCAGGACAACGCUGUUCACUCCUAACAUGGCCUUCGAAGCCAUAGUGAAGAAACAAAUAUCAAGGCUAAAAGGACCAUGUAUGAAGUUUAUUGACAUGGUCAGUCAAGAACUAAUCACCACUGUGCACCAGUGUAUCAACAAGCUCAGCUCCUUUCCCAAACUGCGAGGUGAGACAGAGAGAAUUAUAACCACUGAAAUCCUAGAACAAGAGAGAAAAUGCAGAGAUCAGGUCCUGUUGCUCAUUGACAUUCAGCUUGCCUACAUAAAUACCAAACAUGAAGACUUCAUUGGCUUCAUUAACUCCCAGCAGACAUACAACCACAGCAAUAAGACAGUUACUGCAGGGACGGCAGGAAACCAGGGUGUGGCCCCUCUCUCAAGUCUAAUAGUCAUACGCAAGGGCUGGCUGACCAUCAACAACAUUGGCAUCAUGAAAGGGGGAGCUAAGGAGUACUGGUUUAUUCUCACCGCAGAGACUCUGUCCUGGUUCAAGGAUGACGAGGAGAAAGAGAUGAAGUAUAUGCUUCCUCUGGACAACUUAAAGCUCAGAGAAGUGGAGAAGGGCUUCAUGUCCAGCAAAUUUGUCUUUGCUGUCUUCAACACAGAGUUAAGGAACGUGUAUAAGGACUACAAAUGCCUGGAACUGGCCUGUAACUCUAAGGAUGAGUUGGACAGCUGGAAGGCUUCUCUGCUGCGGGCCGGAGUCUACCCCGAGAAAGUCACUGUGGACGAACAGGGAAAUGGAGCUCCUGAAAACUUCACAGACCCCCAGCUGGAGCGUCAGGUGGAAACCAUUCGCAACCUGGUUGACGCCUACAUGAGCAUCAUCUAUAAGACUACCAGGGACUUCGUGCCAAAGACCAUUAUGCACCUUAUGAUCAACAGUGUGAAGGAGUUCAUUAGCUCGGAGCUCCUGGCCCAGCUUUAUGCUCUGGGAGAGUGCUCAGCACUGAUGGAUGACUCACCAGAGGAGCAGCAGCACCGGGAGGAAGUGCUUCGCAAACACGCUGCCCUGAAGGAGGCGCUCACUGUCAUUGGAGACAUCUCCACCUCUAUCUGCUCCACCCCUUUACCUCCACCUGUAGACUCCUGCGGGAUACAGCCGUCCAGUCCAACACUCCCUAAAAACUCAGUCACUGGUGCCAGGCCAGUGAUUCGUGGCCAUGCCCCACCUGUUCCUUGUGUGUCUGCUGGCAGUGGACCUCCUGCUAUCGCGAGUACCGAUGGCCCACAGCAGCUCACCAGCCAACCAAACCGUCCUCAUAAUGUGCCAAGGAGGCAACCUCCAGCUAUCCCAAAUGUGAAAUAAGUCCUUUCUGCUCAGAACUCCAUUACCCAUCUGCCCCAGUUAUCCCUCCAGCUGCAGCUGACUGUAACCCAAAGACAGCCAUGACCUGCGUGAUGUGUAAUCCAUCUGAAGCGCUAUGCUGGGCUUCUCUCUGUCUCCUCUUGGGAGCUGCUGUCUGCAAAAUUCACUCUGUCUUGGGCCUGUUUUGUACAUAAUAUCAUUGGCCGUAAACAAUGGAAUGUGCUCGACUGUCUGCUGACUUUACUCAAGUGCCUGAACUUUGUGUAAAUAAAAAUACCAUUUUUGAGCUGUUCUAAUAGAAGAGAAUACAUCUGCACUGUUUAUACCGUUUUUUAAUAAACAGGUAUUUUAUUUUUGAA